AUGCAGAUUAUCAAGGCAAUCCUUCUUUACGGCCUCAUGGUCAUCGGGGCGUUUGGAAACCCGAUUCUAGGAAGCAAGAGUACUUACGAAGCUGUAGGCCAACAACUAAGGAUGUCCGAGUCGGGGCUAAGCCCAGCCAAUGGUCUUGACGCACGCGCGUUGUACCCUCCGUCCAGAAAGACCUAUGUCGACUUGGGGGAGGCCAAGCGAGAGAUGUCAGGAGAGACGCUGUUCACCGAUGGUCUAUCCACCUGCAUAGCAAUCGUGGUGCGGAGCGCGGACGCGGUACCUAAGGGCAAACACGACAAGAUCCUCGCCCACGUCGCCUCGACCAUGUGCACAGGGGGCGAGAACCCGCUGCUGGACGACCAGCUGAAGAACCUAUUCAAACUUGACGAUACCACCAACAUACCGAACCGACAGGUCUUUGUGCUCCUCAAUCGCGACAACAAUAAGCCGGGGCAGGAUGUUUUCAAUAAUUACGUCGUACAGAAAGUCCACGAGCACUGGAAGGGAAUCGAAACUGUCAUGUACCGAGACCCGAAAUACGAGUGGAACGCGCAACUAGGAGCUCGCUUGUGGAUCAAUGAUAAGAAAGAGGUCUUUUGGAGCAUGUUCGACAAACCUGUCAUUCCUGCUCCUGCGUAG